AUGUCGACCACCACGCAGCUGGACAUCAAGAUUCUGGAGGCACGCCUCAUUCGCAUCUUCGACAGCCUGAAGCCGAAUCAGGACGUUUUCGUCCAGCUGGUGUGUGGCUACGAAGAUGGCAGCGAAAAGGUCGUUGGCCGUACGGAGGUCUGCAAGAACGGCAACCUCCAACCAAGGUGGAACCAGAGGUUCCUUUGCGGCCGGGAUCGUGGCAAGACCUUAAAGUUCAAGGUCCACAUUGACCACGUGUGGCGCAGCGCUGUUCUUUGCGGUGAGGCUGAGUUUGACUUAGACAACCUCUGGAGACGGGCGACGGGCCGAACGCAGGAGGUUCCUGUGCCACUCUGGAAGAAGAGUGAGCAGACUGGAAUCCUGAACAUUAGCAUCACGUUGCAGUCCGCGGGUGGCUAUGGUGGCUCGCCUGUGCCUGCCUACUCGACAGCGGGUCGAGGUGGCUUGAGCCCAGGUAACGGGCGAUGGCCCAUGGACAGGCCCCCCGCGAUCAGCAAUGGCCAGCCGGAUACCGGCAAUGGACUCGACAGAUCCGUGCCGCCCUACCCGGAAGGACUCGGCAUACGUUCUUCUCUCGCCCCUCCCCUUGGACCAGCCCAGGCAAUGUCCGUGGAGCAGCCGGGGCAGGUUCGCGAGCCUCUUCCAGUUCAUGCUCUCCGCGAGCCGCCUCCACCGCCGCGAGAUCUUUAUGAUGAGCACCCUGGCUGUUCUGAUGGGGGAGUCCAGGGAGUCCAGGCACCAGCGCACCCUCCGGCCAUCCAAGCAGCGCAGGCGCAGGCGCAAGCCGCCCAAGCAGCGCAGGCCGCGCAAGCAGCGCGGGCUGCCCAAGCAGCGCAGGCGGCGCUAGCAGCGCAGGCGGCGCAAGCAGCGCAGGCUGCGCAAGCGUCCCAAGUCCCGGCGCUGCAGUACCCGCAGGCUCAUGCUAAGACUUUCUGCGUGAUGGCAUUGUAUUUCCUGGUUCAUCUGUCCCACCUCCACCCCGGCAUAUCUGGCCUCGCGAUGAGGCAGCCUCGCCUCAUCGCUGCGAGUUUGAGCCAUUUUUGUGCUGCACAGAAGUUGAAAGAGCAGGGAAGUCACUGGGAAGCCAUGUUCACUCACCGAGAAGGUGCUCGGAUGGACAGUGGAUGGACAGUGGAUGGACAGUGGAUGGACAGCGGAUGGACAGUGGAUGGACAGCGGAGGAUGGACAGCGGAUGGACAGUGGAUGGACAGCGGAGGAUGGACGGUGGAUGGACGGUGGAUGGACGGUGGAUGGACGGUGGAUGGACGGUGGAUGGACGGUGGAUGGACGGUGGAUGGACGGUGGAUGGCCUCGUGAGCCACUUCAGCAGCCGUGGGCCGGUGCUCUGCUGCGGAAGAAGAGAGGAGGCUUUGGAAGAAACGAAAAGGACGGCGACGAAUCCGGAGGCUGUAACGUAUGUUGCUUGCGACAUCGGCACGGAGGUCGGUCGGACAAGGCUGCUGGAUGCACUUCCGGCCGGAGCUUCGGUGUUGCUGCUGGUGCAGAAUGCUGCCAUUGGCGACCCAGGGCCCCUGGCAGAGUUGGAUCUCAACCAUUUCGAGGAGGCUUUGCGAGUCAACGUCGUUGCGCCGUUGGCUUUGACCAAGGCCUUGCUUCCUCGACUACAUGGCGGCCGUGUCCUCCACCUUGGAACAUCGGUGGCGCAUCGGCCACAGCGUGGGACCGCGACGUACGGAAUCACCAAGGCCGCGUUCUUCCGGUUGUUCCAGCAGCUGAGCCUACGAAGCAACCAGUGUGCAGAAUGCUGA